AUGUACUUGAUUUUAACCACAGGUGUGAUUGCCGCUUGUGUUGCCGUGUUGAUCAUUAUUUAUUUCCAGAGUCUUCAAAAACCCAAAGUGAAUCCGAAUACAACAGAUCAUCAAACAAAGGAGGAACAGCAGCCAUCAUCCUCGACGAUAAGCACUUCAGACUUGAAGAAGAAACAAAAAGGUUCUAGUGCAGUAUCAUCGCCAGCAACAUCGGAAGUUAUUGAUCAUGAGUUGCUCAUUGUAGAGGCUUCAACCAUCAAAGCACAGAAAAAAACCAAAAUUAUUGAUGAUGAUGUUAUUGAUAUGAGUACAUCCAAGCAUUAUACUGCAAUUUUGAAAAAAUCAGUGAAAUCUGUUCGACUGUUCCGAAAUGAAUUAUUAGUGAAGGAUAACAAGAAAUUCUAUGACAUUGAAAUUGGUAACAUUAAUGAUUAUGGAACUUGUAUUGCAUUAAAUCAGGAGGGAGAUAUGCUUGCUGUUACCAUUGACUAUGACAAUUACGUAAAGAUUUUUAAACUAAAUACCUCGCUCACAACAUCACACCAAAUUCAUGAAAAGCCUUACUCGCUUCCUCAUGAAAAGGCCAUGAUCAAGUCACUAAGGUUUUCUCCAAAUGGAAAGUAUUUGAUCGCGAUGAUGUAUGGCUGUGACGACAUAUCCAUUUAUAAUGUGAAAAAUGGUGAGCGCGAAACAAUUAAGAGCGGCCAACUUCAGAAUUAUAUGUUUUGUUUGACAGACUCUUACUUGAGCGUUGCUGGCUUCUCUUCAACUUUAAAGGUUUUUAAAACAUUCUUUGAAUCCACAACUGAGACUGAUAUGGAUGAUUCCAAGAAAAAUAAGAAAAAGAAGGAAAUCGUGCAUGUAUCAAAAGGCAACACCUCAACUGUUGUCAAGCACAGAGAGUUGAUGGGUUGUAAAAGUAGCGUUUCAUUUGUUGAUAUUUAUAACGACCAGGCAAUUGUAACGACUACGAAAGAUGGAGUAGUUCGACUCUUUGACCUUGAAGCCAUGGAACGUAAUGUCAUUGCUGAAGCAGAUAUCAAGAUAUUGACGAACGAGGUUGUUUCAAACUUCUCUCAAGUAUUUAUGUGUUCUGAAACAACAUUUUGUGCAAUUGGCUUGAAUAGCGAAAUUGUUUUCUUUGAAAGGGAUGGAAAGACAUUCAAACUCAAACAAUUAAUUGACAAAACUGUUCAAUCAGGUGCUUCCCUUCUUGCUGCUCAACUCAAUCCAAAGAGAAAAGUAUUAAUCACAUGCUCAAGUGACGCAUUUAUUAGGCUUUGGAAGGUGCCUUCUCAAUAA